UCAUCUUCUGGAUAUUAGAUCGAGAGAGAGAGAGAGAGCUGAUACGAUAAUGGCUGCUUCGAGUCACCUCUGUAUUCGCUCGUCACCAGGAAUGAACCGUCCGAUCUUCCGGUCUAGUCGGCGGCCGGUUCAGUGCUCUGUGGAACGCCAGGCGCUCUUUAACCGUAUUGCUCCUGUCUACGAUAACUUGAAUGAUUUGUUGAGCUUGGGGCAGCAUCGAAUUUGGAAACGUAUGGCUGUAUCGUGGAGUGGGGCGAAAGAGGGAGACAAUGUGUUAGAUUUGUGUUGUGGAAGCGGGGAUUUGGCGUUUCUUUUGUCUGAGAAAGUUGGUCCCAAUGGCAAGGUGAUUGGUCUUGAUUUCUCCAAGGAACAAUUAUCAGUUGCUUCAUCUCGACAAUAUUUAUGCUCAAAGGCCUGCUACGACAAUAUUAAGUGGGUUGAAGGAAAUGCUCUUGAUUUACCAUUUUCUGGUUGUUACUUUGAUGCUAUCAUCGUUGGGUAUGGGUUACGUAAUUUGGUUGAUUUACAUAAAGCUAUGGAGGAGAUGUAUCGAGUUCUGAAACCAGGUUCAAAUGCAUCUAUCCUUGACUUCAAUAAAAGCGCCGACACAUUUAGUGCCUCAAUUCAGGAAUGGAUGAUUGAUAAUGUUGUUGUUCCGGUGGCAACUGGUUAUGGUCUUGCAGAGGAGUACAAAUAUUUGAAAAGCUCGAUUCAGGAAUUUUUAACAGGUUUUCCCUUCUCAUUAACCAAUUCUAUGUCUUUGUCUUUCAUACAUGACUUUCUGCCUUUUGUAGAAUAACUGGUCCUCAAACCCAACCUGCUGCGUUGUUUAACCACUCGACUAAUCAUUUUGCUUUCGUUGUUAAACACUGUAUAAGGUUUCUAUAGUAAUGUGCUUAGAAGUUAAAGCCAUGGCCGUUAAGUUGACCUUCAGAUUUCUGAUUCAUGUGGCUAUUUUAUUUUAAAUUG